CUGUGUUCCUUUCUGUCAGGUUCAUUGCUUCGUUCCUCCUCUCUUUUAGUUGUCUCUCCUCUUGAUCUCUCCGCUUGUGGAAAAGGAAGCAGGAAAGGGAUUGUCAGAGUCAUGGCAGAGGCAGUGCUUUCACCUCUGAUUAAGUUGAUUUGCGAAAAGGUAGCUUUGAGAGUAGUCAAGGAGCUCAGCCCCCUGACCGGCGUUGCAAAGGAGUUCAGAAGACUGCAGAGCACUCUGUUGACAAUCCAAGACGUGCUUGAAGACGCUGAGGCGAGGCAGGUGAAUGAGAAGGCGCUGGAGGGAUGGCUGAGAAAGCUCAAAGAUGUGGCUUUUGAUAUGGAUGAUGUCUUGGAUGAGUUCACGGUUGAGUUGGCUGAUGCUGAGAAGCGGAAGAAGAAGGGAAUGAAGGGAAAGGUGUAUAACUUGUUUUUCUCAGGUUCGUUAUAAGAUGGCUGACAAGAUGAAGGAGAUCAUGGAGAGGUUUGAUGAGAUCGCUAAGGAGAGUUCCAUAUUUGGUUUGAAAGUGGGCGCUAUCAAAGAAGAAGAGGUUGGUAAGAGAGAGGAGACUCAUUCGUACGUUAACGAAUCAGAAGUCUAUGGAAGGGAUGUAGACAGGGAGAAGAUUGUGAAUUUUCUGAUCAACUCGUUGUCAUCAGCAUCAAGUGAAGCUAAUCCUGAUGUUAUGGCUAUUAUUGGGCUAGGAGGGUUGGGCAAGACCACUCUGGCACAACUGGCCUUUAAUGAUAUAAGGGUGUCCAAGGCUUUUACUAAGAAGAUAUGGGUCUGUGUUUCUGAACAGUUUGACGUCAAGAAACUCACAAGAUCAAUUAUAGCAUCCAUCACUGAGAGUGAGUGUAAUCUCCAAGAUAUGGACUCAUUGCAGAGGUUUCUAAGAGAAAAGCUCAGAGAAGACAGGUUCUUUCUUGUUCUGGAUGAUGUAUGGAAUGAGGACCAGGAGAAGUGGGGCAACUUGAAAGAUCUGCUCAGUGGUUGUGCCGCGAAAAGAAGUAAAGUCAUUGUGACCACGCACAGUGAAAGAGUUGCUUCCAUUGUGGGCACCGUCUUGCCGCACUUGCUAACCGGGUUAUCAGAUCAGGACUGCUGGGUUUUUGUUUGA